AUGUCCGUCCGAACAGACACCGAAUCGACGCCUCUGAAGAAAAAGUUGGAAGGCUUAGCCGUGGCCAUAGCAAAGCUCGGCAGUGGUGCCUCCUUGUUUAUGUUCUUUAUUCUCCUCUUCUGGUUCUGCGCCUCUCUACCUGGGGAUACUAGACCGCCGGAGGAAAAGGAAUCGACGUUUGUUGGCCUCCUCGUUGUGGCGAUAGCGUUCAUUGCCGUUGCUGUCUCAGAGGGUUUACCGCUUGCUGUGACGCUUGUGCUUGCUUUUGCCACAACGCGACUGCUCAAGGAGAAUAAUCUCGUCCGAGUGCUGAGGGCAUGCGAGACCAUGCGCAAUGCAACGUGUAUCUGUUCGGAUAAGACGGGGACUCUGGUAUUUCGGCCAGACAAAUCCAUCAGGAAUGCGGCUAAUAAGUACACCACGCACAAAAUGACUGUUGUCGGCGGCUGCUUGGACGGGAUGACUACAUUCAUCGGCUCAAAAACAGAGACCGCAUUACUCCAGUUUGCCACAGACGACUUGGCCAUGCAAUCCGUAUCCGAAACCCGGGCAAACGAACAGAUUGUCCUACUUGAGCUUUUUGACUGCGCGAAGAAGUACACGACGGCCGUUAUCAAAGUACCAUUGGGUUACAGGCUGCUGCUGAAGGGUGCCUCGGAGCUUGUUCUUGGAUUCUGCUCGUGGCAGGUGAAUGCCAGGACUGAUGAGGUUGAACCUCUUGACCGCGUCGUGGGUAUCCAGGACCCGGUUCACCCGGGUGUAUCCAUCGCCGUAAGGAGCGCGAGGCGUGCAGGCGUCACGACACGAAUGGUCACAGGCGACAAUGUCAUCACAGAGCGGUCAAUCGCCACAAAAUGCGGCAUCUUCACCGAUGGAAUCAUCCUCGAAGGACCCGAGUUCCGUCGAUUGUCAGAGCUGGAGCUCGAUAACGUCAUUCCGCGCCUCCAGGUCCUCGCCCGCUCGUCUCCAGAGGAUAAAGGCAUACUGGUUACGCGCCUCAAGGCUCCUGGGGAAACUAUCGCAGUCACCAGUGACAGAACAAACAAUGCAGCAGCACUUAAGGCAGUGGAUAUUGGGUUCUUGAUGGGCAAGUCGGGGACUGAGGUUGCCAAAGAGGCAUCCGAGAUCAUUCUCAUGGACGAUAACUUUACGUCGAUUGUCACGGCGCUGAAGUGGGGGAGGGCUGUUAAUAAUGCUGUGCAGAGGCUUCUGCAGAUUACGGUCAACAUCACAGCGGUCAUACUGUCGUUCGUUAUGUCCAUGGCCAACGCCGAUAUGGAGCCUGUACUGAAAGCUGUGCAGCUGCUCUGGAUCAACCUGAUCAUGGACACCAUGGCCGCCCUCGCUCUCGCCACCGAUUCCCCCAACAGACUCCAUCUUCGACAGGGCCCCCCAGCCAAAGUGUGGAAAAUGAUAAUCGGCCAGUCCAUCUUCCAACUAACCGUGAUCCUCGUCCUCUACUUCGCGGGCGACAGCAUCCUCCACUACGACACCACCAUCCCCUCGCAGAAACUCCACCUCGACACCAUAAUCUUCAACACCUUCGUCUGGAUGCAAAUCUUCAACGAGCUCAACUGCCGGCGCUUCGACAACAACUUCAACGUUUGCGUGGGCAUCCAUCGGAAUUGA